CUUUACCCCCAAUGUCUCCGACCAGCAUGACACCACCAAUGUCUCCCACCAGCAUAACACCACCAACGUCUCCCACCAGCAUGACACCACCAACCCAGUCUCCAGUGACCGAUGGGCCAAACAUAGAGCUCGAUUGGCCCUCAGACUCGGACUCAUCAACUCCUCUCAACUGGGGUUCUCAAACUUCUCUAGACCCGGGUUUAUCGAAUUCAUCAGCUUUUGCAGUCAUUGACUCUUUUUUUGGGCCCGAACCGAGUUUCGAGGGCCUUGGUCCAAGAAUUCAGUCCACAGGAGGAAGACAAGAAUCCCUUCUAGUGGGGAGCUCCGGUCUUGCAGGUGAUGAUAUUGUCUCGAUUACCGCGAAACCUUUGGAUAUUUCGGCCCCAGAAAAUCCGGAACAUCAUACAAGCGUCAAUGUAGAAUCAUCGACAGCUACGGUGCAGACUCUACAGGUAUGAUCUCAUAACAGACUGUGGCACAUUGAUACUAACUGUAUAUCAGGAGCACAUUCUUUCGCUAGAGCAAAAGCUGAAGGGAGAGGUUUUUCCUGCGAACCAGGAGUUAACGGAAGAGAGGAUGGUUGAGAUUUUCUCUGACCUGGGUCGAAUUGAGAAAGCCGGAACCAUACCACUUAGUAUCAUUCGGGAUACCAAGAUCAGAAGGUUGCUGAGAAAAAUCAAAACGCUCGAGAACAUCCCAAGUGAUCACAAGCUUCAAAUCGAGGAACGAGUGAACCGCUUGCUUACAAGUUGGAGUAAGCCUGCUACCCUCUCGACUACGCAAGCUCAAUCCAAGCCCACCCCACAGCAGACGGUCAUUGAUCUUACUGGAGCGGACAGCAAUGAUAAGCAUGUUACACCUCCCGGUACGCUAAAAUCCGGGCUCCUAUCCCCUUCAAGCAUAGGUAAGUGUCCAUUUAUAUCUGAUCUUGGCUAGACUAACAAUGGAUGACAGAUUCUGAUCCACCCAUCAGCACCGAGACGAACUCACGCUCUACAUCUAAUGAGAAUCUCAACCCCAAGAAGAGAAAGCGCUCUGCAGGUUCUAGUAAUUCAACUGCUCUAAGCAAACGUCGGCAACCUACGCGAAAGACUACGACCACGGUAAGAAAGCACUUUGGGGAUGAGAUAGAUCACAACAGUCGAAGUUUAGCAAGGGUGGAAAAGAACCUUCAUGAUUGUAAAGCAGACUUAGUUGCUAUAGAGAAAAGGAAGGCGAGGUUUCUCGCAGAGAUUGAAGAAGAGAGGAAGGAGGUUAUACGGCGGGAAAAUGAGUUCCUCGAGUCAAAGGAAGACAUAGUGGCCUGGGUUGCCCGUAAUGAAGUGGUGUCAGAAGAAUGGAAAUCGCGGUAGUUUUCUAGGUCAUCUAUUAAAU